CGUUUGAGGCGUAUUUCUCCCUAUUUGUGGCCAUCGAAAAGCUAUGCCCUGCAGUUUCUUGGGCUCUUGUGUCUAGCGGUCGUGCUCGUGGGGCGGAUUGUCAAUAUCCUUGUACCGUGGGUGUUUGCAGAACUGGUGCACAUGUUCGAGGAGGGCGCAUACAGCUCUCUCUGGAUAUACCUUUUUGCGUAUGUCGGCUUGCGCUUCCUGCAAGCAAGCGGUGGCCUUCCCGCUUUGCGUGAGGCUCUCUGGGCUCCGGUCAUGCAGUAUUCCGACCGCGAGAUGUCGCAGCUUUCAUUCGAUCAUCUCCUUAAUUUGUCUUUUGCUUUCCACUUGCGGCGCAAGACCGGCGAGAUUCUGCGCAUUCUCGACCGCGGAGCAGCUAUUAACAGGGCAUUCGAGUUGAUUCUCUUUAAUGUGAUCCCUACGUUUGUGGACAUCGGUCUUGCCCUCGUUCUCUUCGCCAUCUACUUUGAAUGGACCUUGACUCUCGUCGUAUUCUUCGUCAUCACCGCAUAUGUUUCUGCUAGUAUCAUCCUUACCCGAUGGCGCACACGACUUCGGCGAAAGAUGGUUGAGCGCGACGUGGUCACUCGGGGAAUCCACACGGACUGUCUUCUGAACUACGAGACUGUCAAAUACUUCAAUGGUGAACAACACGAGGCUGAGCGUUACGGUGAGGCUAUCCGGGAGUACCAGACCUUUGAGUACAAAGUUAUCCUCUCCCUGAAUGUUCUCAACCUGGUGCAAAACUUCAUCAUUAGUUCUGGUCUCCUUGUCGGAUCGAUGAUCAUGGCUCUUCGGGUCACACGAGGACAAUCGGAGCCCUACCAGUUUGUGUUCUUUGUGACUUACCUCGCUCAGCUUUAUGUACCUCUCAACAUGUUGGGAACGAUUUACCGCUCAAUCAACCAAACUUUGGUCGAUACCGAGAGGCUGUUGAAGCUUCUCAGCGAGCCCACGGAUGUCAACGAUAAACCGAAUGCGCCGGACCUUGUCGUGCAGAAUGGUGAAAUCGAGUUCGAGAACGUCAGCUUUUCGUACGAUGGGCGCAGCACCGCGCUCAAGGGUGUAUCAUUCAAAGUGCCGAAGCAUUCGUCAGUUGCCAUUGUCGGCGAGUCAGGUGCCGGGAAGUCCACGAUCUUGAGGCUGCUAUACCGGUUUUACGAUCUAAAGGAAGGCGAUGGCCGGAUCUUGAUUGACGGUCAGGACAUCCGGGAUGUCACACAAGCCAGCUUGAGAAAGACCAUUGGCGUUGUUCCGCAGGAUUCCGUUCUCUUCAAUGCUAGCAUUGAAUACAACAUUGGCUAUGGUAAAUUUGGAGCGACGCCAGAGGAGAUCGAGGCUGCUGCCAAGGCGGCUCAAAUGCACGACCGUAUCUUAAGCUUCCCCGACGGAUAUGAGACGAAGGUGGGUGAACGGGGCGUUAGGCUUAGUGGGGGGGAGAAGCAACGUGUGGCUAUUGCGCGAACGCUUCUUAAGAACCCGCCGGUUCUCCUGUUGGACGAGGCGACCAGUGCUCUAGAUACUGCCACCGAGAAGGACAUUCAGAAGGCUUUGCAGCACCUUGUUGAGGGCCGAUCCUCUCUCUCCAUUGCGCAUCGACUUUCGACGAUCGCUUCCGCUGACCUGAUCCUCGUGCUCAAGGAUGGUCAGAUCGUGGAACAAGGAAGCCAUAGCGAGUUACUCGCUCAGGGCGGUGUCUUCGCAACGAUGUGGGCUGUUCAAGUACAAGGUAUCGAGGACGCUACCUCCUCUCACACCAACCAGAAAGAAGCGUUAUCUGGCUACUCUACGGCGGAACCUGAGGAAUCUGGCACUGGUGCUGAAUCCGUUCUUGUAGAAGCCCCGGCAUCAGGCGCCGUAGAUUCCCCGGUGGCGUUCUCGACUGCGGAAGUGACUGAGGAACCAAGUGAGAUCGUUGAAGGCGCCGCUGCCGUUGCGUUCCCAGGUUCCGAGGACCCGGAAACUCAAGGUGAAGAGGUCCCUGCGGCUCCCUCAGGAGAGAGCGCGGCUGCCCUUGCGUUCCCAGUCUCUGAGAGCCCAGCCCCGGUAGCAUUCCCCAUGGUGGCGGAUGACGCACAGUCGCAGCGAGCGAUGUCUAUUCCUGAACGAGCCCAGACGCCCCAGGCCACUGGCGUUACCUUCCAAGAUGUGCAGACACCAUCGCGGUCCGGCACGUCCGGCAGUCCUGACCCCGAGGCCAAACGGAGGCGUACAUUGUCGACGCAAGGUAUUCAGCGGUUGGCGCGCCGGAUGUCCGUCUCGCGGCGUCAAGAUUCGGCCUCAUCGAUUCCGAAGAUGGCGGGCUCCUUCAUCGCGGGCCUGAAGCGGGAGAGCACUUCCGGAUCCAAGGACGAUAGCAGCACUAAGGACAACCGGGAGAGCCCGAACGCGAGCGUGUCCAGCGAUAUCGGUAUUAAGACGAAGAAGCUGAGCAAGAAGGAGAAGAAAGAUAAGAGGAAGAGUGGUGUCUGAGAGUCCAGACAUUCGUCUGUGCAGGGCGCAAUGUCCGCCGUUGGCGCUGUUGAUCGCAAGGUGAACCUUGAUUUCUGAUUGUGUCUAUGCAUCCCACGACUUUCACGACCUGGCACGAGCGGCGAUACUGUAGUAAUUGAACACUCUGUCCCCCACCCGCAUCUCCCUGGUGUCUUCAUGCAUCUACCAUCUCAAUUUUUUACUGUCGUCUGCUUUCCACAACAUUUCCAUCGGCCCGUCGUUGAGCACAUUAGUGUAAUUCACGCAUGUUUCCUCCUUUUGUCCAUUAAUGUUGCAAUCACAUUGGAUGAAAUCUUCGCACCCCA